UUGUACUGGUUCACUGUGGAGUUCGGCCUCUGUAAGCAGAAUGGAACAGUGAAAGCGUACGGAGCCGGACUCCUGUCAUCCUACGGAGAGCUUGUUUAUGCUCUGUCCAAUGAACCAGCCUACAAACCAUUCAACCCAGAGGAGACGGCAGUGCAGCCGUACCAGGACCAAACCUACCAGCCCGUCUACUUUGUGUCUGAGAACUUUGAGGAUGCUAAGAUUAAGAUGAGGUAAUCAUGAUGUCUCCAUCACCUACAG